GAUUUCCUGCUACAUCUUUUUUCUUAUUCAACUAUUUGAUAAUUAAGAUGGCUAAUACUCCUCAUGGUGGCGUCCUCAAGGACCUUUAUCUUCGUGAUGCUGAUAUCCAAGAAACCCUCAUAUCAGAAGCUGAAACUCUACCUUCCCUUGUUUUGACCGAUCGUCAAUUAUGUGAUUUGGAACUUCUUUUGAACGGCGGUUUCUCUCCACUUGAAGGAUUUUUAAAUCAGCAAGAUUAUAAUAGUGUAGUCGAAAAUAUGCGUCUUUCCAACGGCCUUAUUUGGCCUAUGCCCAUCACACUUGAUGUUAGUAAAGAAGAUAUUGAGCAAAGUCAGAUCGAGCCUUCCAAGCGUAUUGCCUUGCUAGACCCUCGUGAUUAUGAGCCUCUUGCCAUCCUCACAAUCAGCGAUAUCUACAGACCCAACAAAUCCAAAGAAGCUGAAUUAGUUUAUGGAGCUGAUGAUAUUGCCCACCCAGCUGUCAAUUAUCUUCAUAAUAUUGCUAAAGAAUUCAACGUUGGUGGUUCACUUCAGGCUAUUCAACCUCCUUCCCAUUACGAUUACGUUGCUAAUAGAUACACACCAUCCGAACUUCGUGCUCACUUUAAGAAGCUUCAGUGGACUCGUGUGGUUGCCUUCCAAACACGUAAUCCUAUGCAUCGCGCUCAUCGUGAGCUAACUGUUCGUGCUGCUCGUCAGCGCAAAGCCCAUUUGCUUAUCCACCCUGUUGUUGGUCUUACAAAACCUGGUGAUAUCGAUCAUUACACACGUGUGAGAGUUUAUAAGGCAUUGAUGCCGAAAUAUCCUAAUGGUAUGGCUGAACUCAGUUUGCUACCUCUUGCAAUGCGUAUGGGUGGUCCUCGUGAAGCACUCUGGCACGCUUUGAUCCGUAAAAAUCAUGGUGUGACUCAUUUCAUUAUUGGACGUGACCAUGCCGGUCCAGGUAAAAAUUCUCAGGGUGUCGAUUUCUACGGUCCCUACGACGCCCAAGCCUUGGUUGAAAAGUAUAAGGAUGAGAUUGGUAUUGAAAUUGUUCCUUUCCAAAUGGUUACAUACAGUCCCGACACCGAUGAAUAUAUUCCUGCUAAUGAAGUCCCUGAGGGCGUAAAGACCCUCAAUAUCAGUGGUACAGAGCUUCGCCGCAGAUUGAAGACGGGAUUACCCAUUCCUGAAUGGUUCUCUUAUCCUGAAGUCGUAGCUGUUUUACGUCAAUCUCAUCCUCCUCGCAGCCAACAAGGCUUUACUGUAUUCUUCACUGGUCUUCAUGCUUCUGGUAAAAAUUCUAUUGCUCGUGCUCUUCAAGUUUCUCUCAAUCAAGAAUCAACUCGUUCCGUUUCUUUAUUAAGCAGUGAAAAUACUCGUACUGAGUUAUCUUCAGAACUUGGCUUCUCAAAGCGUGACCGCGAUAUAAAUAUCGCUCGUCAAGCAUUUGUUGCCGGUGAGUUGACCCGUGCUGGCGCUGCUGCCAUCUUAGCUCCUAUCGCUCCUUAUAGUGCUGCUCGUGACUCUGCUAGAAAGACCAUUGAGCAAUAUGGCGGUUUUUACCUUAUUCAUGUUGCUACUCCUCUUGAGGAAUGUAUUAAAAGAGAUAGAGAUGGCAUUUAUGAACGUGCCAAGCGCGGUGAAAUCAAGGAAUUUACUGGUCUUGAUGCGCCUUACGAAAUACCCACCAACGCUGAUUUAACGAUCGAUAUUACCAAGCAGUCAGUAUCCCAAGCUGUGCAUGAAAUAAUCUUACUUUUAGAAAAAGAUGGCUACAUUGGUUCGGCUUAAAAAGCGAUUCAUUACGCUAUGCUUUUUCUUUUUAUUUAUUUGAUUAUAUCUUAUAUAAUUUUAUCCUUAGAAUGAUAUCCAUUUGUACAUUAAUUUCUAUAAUAAAAUUGCUCCAAUACGUGAUCAUUGCUUUUUUCCCUAAGAUCUAAGGUUUUAUUUUUCAAGCUCCUGCAGCAUUUUCUAAUCAAGAAUAUAUUGAUAAGCUUCUAGACAAU